UAUUGUUUGCAUCUGCUAAUUUCCAGCACCAUUGAUGAUUGCCAAACCUAACAUCCUAUAAAGACUUCCCUUUUGAUGGUCAGAUAAAUAUUGAUUUGUGUAUCUUGUAUUUGUGUAGUAUAUUCUGAGGGAUGGCAGAUCGAUUGACGCGAAUCGCUAUCGUGAGUGAAGACCGGUGCAAGCCUAAGAAAUGUCGCCAGGAGUGCAAGAAGAGCUGUCCUGUUGUCAAGACUGGGAAACUUUGUAUCGAGGUUGCUCCUACUUCCAAGACUGCUUUCUUAUCAGAGGAGCUUUGUAUUGGAUGUGGUAUCUGUGUUAAGAAAUGCCCCUUUGAAGGUAUUCAGAUUAUCAAUCUUCCUAAGGACUUAGCCAAAGAUACAACCCAUCGAUAUGGGGCUAAUGGAUUUAAACUGCACAGGCUUCCGGUUCCACGGCCGGGGCAAGUUCUUGGCGUGCGUGGAACCAAUGGUAAUGGCAAAACUACUGGUCUCAAAAUCUGGCCUGCUGGAGACCUCAAGCCAAUUUUCGGCAGAUUUAAUACUCCUCCUGACUGGGAAGAAAUUUUGACUCACUUCCGCGGGUCAGAACUUCAAAGCUACUUCAUCCGAGUCGUAGAAGAGAAUCUAAAGACUGCUAUAAAGCCACAACAUGUUGACCACAUAAAAGAAUUUGUUCAAGAUAAUCUUGGGAAGAAGCUUGAGGAGAUGGACGAGAGAGGAAUGAUGGAAGAGAUUUGUGCUGAUAUGGAGUUGAACCAGGUCUUGGAGCGUGAAGCAAGACAAGUAUCUGGUGGAGAGCUGCAGAGGUUUGCGAUUGCCGCAGUUUUCGUAAAGAAAGCUGAUAUAUACAUGUUUGAUGAACCAUCUAGCUACCUCGAUGUGAGGCAGAGACUCAAAGCUGCUCAAGUUAUACGCUCACUCCUCAGGCAUGACAGCUACGUAAUUGUUGUGGAGCACGACCUCAGCGUCCUUGACUAUCUCUCGGAUUUCGUGUGCUGUUUGUAUGGGAAACCAGGAGCAUAUGGUGUCGUGACUCUCCCCUUUUCUGUCAGAGAAGGAAUCAAUGUGUUCUUGGCCGGGUUUAUCCCCACAGAAAACUUGCGUUUCAGGGAUGAAUCUCUGACCUUCAGGGUUUCUGAGACUACACAAGAGAGUGAUGGGGAAGUGAAGUCCUAUGCAAGAUACAAAUACCCAUACAAUGAGUAAGCGACUUGGAGAUUUCAAGCUGG